CUAUUUAUCUGUUUCUUGGUCAAUUGCUUUGUGUCCUGGUAGAGGGCUGUCAGAUUUUGUGACUGUUGGGUUGCCAAGUUUGACCGGAGGGAUAUUUUAGCCGAGUAGAUUUGAUGGCACAGAUAUCGAAAAAGGAAUCAUGAAAGAUUUAAGAUCCUUGUACAAGGAAACUCAAGGGUAAAUCUAACACAUUAGCUGCACCUCCGUGUAAUCCUGCUCAGAUUUGGUAUAAUUUUGGAUUAAUUUUAUUUUUUUUCCUUUCUUUCUCUCAAAGCUUCUGAAAGCUUUUUUCCUGAGUUUAAGUUCCGAGAAAUCUGUGCAAGAAAUCCCGAAAUUUUGUCCAAGCCCACUAGUCAUAGCAGCCUAAUUCUUCUGAAACCAGGCUAGUUAUAAUUUUUAUGAUCACACCCAGAUUGGCUAAAAUCUUCCAUGCCAUUCCAAUCAUUGACAAGUACCAGUUUUGAUUGGGAGAUUUGAGUGUUCUCAGGCAGAAUUUGUUGGUAUCAGUGAUACUUGAAAUUUAGUUUGUUAUAUUUUGGGCAUUGAAAUGGGAUUGGAAGAAGCUUCAGGGGAUCAGCAAUACAUCAGAACAGAUCAUGCCAUUAUGAGUUCAAAUUUUGAUGAAUUCAAAGAAGGGCCAAGCACAUCACAGCCUCAUGUGCUGGCUGUUGAUGACAGUGUCAUAGAUCGAAAAGUUAUAGAAAGGCUGUUAAGGAAGUCUUCUUACGAAGUGACCACUGUGGAUAGUGGGAGAAGAGCUCUGGAGCUGCUGGGAUUAGCUGAUGACCAUAGCGCUGCAAAUAACAAUGAAUUGAAGGUGAAUAUGAUAAUCACAGAUUACUGUAUGCCAGGAAUGACUGGCUAUGAAUUGCUCAAGAGAAUUAAGGAAUCAUCAAAGCUGAAGGAGAUUCCUGUAGUGAUCAUGUCAUCUGAAAACGUGCCUUCACGGAUGAGCAGAUGUAUGGACGAAGGUGCUGAAGGCUUCAUAUUGAAGCCUGUGCAGAUGUCAGAUGUAAAACGAUUGAAAAACUUUAAGCAGAGCUGUUGUCUGCCAGUUUUGUCAUGACCAAAUUAUAACUUAUUAUACAAAAAUAAUGAGGUUCUGAGUAUUUAUGUUAGUUUCGGCAAUUGUGGAUUUCAUUAAAUAGGAUACGUAUACCCUGAUCAGAUUUGCAGGGGAGCUUUGUUAAAGGUUCUGUAAUCUUAAUCUUUGAUUUGAAAAUUAACUCGAGAAGAAAAUUUUGAGUUCAGUUUG